ACAUUGAUCGAGAUUCCUGUCGUUUUAAGACCCAAGGCAAAUCACACCGAGAGAAUUGAAAACAGGGCAAUUCACAGUGAGAGACGGAGCAUUGCGGUAGCCUUCUCUGCUAGAAAUUCAAAGGGGAAUACCUCAUUUUGUGUCAAACUGUUAGUGGCUUGAUCAUCAGUAUAAAAAGGGAGAAUAAAAACAAUGGCACAAGCCGAAAGGGAAACACGGCAAGAUGAUCUGGGUGCUGUAUGCGAGAGUUGCAGCGAUGACGAAAAGGCCAUUGGAUAUUCCAGGAACAACACUGCAGAAAAAGUUAGUUACAGUUCGUGUACGAGCGAAGACGAUGGUUUGUGUUUGGGAGAGAAUAUAGCGAAGGAUGCAACUGCCAAAAGCGAAAACUGCAGUUUAAGCAAGGCUAACGAUGAGGUUUAUUGUAAAUCUUCAGAAAUUUCUUUGCCCACAACAUCAUGUAUCACAAACAAAAAUAUCAACCAUGUCACAAAAUUCACUGUGGAGAACUUUCUAAAUAGCGCUUUGAAUGAUGGAUCGAAAACCCCGCGAAGUGAACCGAAUUCGGUAAAUUCGUUUUAUUAUGGUGUUGUGCAUGAAUUGGAAGAGAAUAACAAUUUCACCAAAGAAGACAAAUGUGAUGAAAUUUGUCACAGUUUUCGCUCUGUUCGAAAUAGAUGUGAUGACGUAAAUGAUAUUUUAGCACGUCCGGAAAAUUGUAGUCCAGUGCAAAAUGGAAAUGGCAAAGUUGUUUUCCCUUUUGAAAUUCCAAACACAGACUCGCCACAAGAAAUUUCGGAUAGAUCUGCUAGUCGUGGCCCGGGUUUGUUGACUGCUGAAACUUUUCGAGACAAAGAAAACCGGUUUCCGGAAGAAAACGGAAGAGGUCGAGAUGACCUCAAUUCAGAGAAAGGAAACCAACACAGGGAGAUCAGGAGAACUUGCUUCGGAAGUUUAGAGGGGCAUGAUACAAGCAAAGCUGAAAAAGAGGUCGUUUCAUUGCCAAGUUUGUCUGAAUUGGUCAAUUUUUCAAAAAAUGCAGCAAUUUUUCAAGAGCAGCCUAAAACUGAACUUGCUAUGCAGUCUUUGUUUCAACGCUUUGGUUUGGAGAAUGAGAACGAUAAUAACAAUAUUAGCAGCAAAAACCCUCAUGAUAAUGCACAGUUUGACGGGAAUGGUGAGCAACUGCAGCAAACUAGUGCCUCAGAGAGUACAGCAUCCAAUCCAAGUAAAUUUGUUGAUGUAUCAAAAGGAACUGCUCCUGAGCAGGUAACUGUAAAAACAAGGGCUCUUUACCAAAGUGCAGCUAACAACCCCGCCCCUCAUAUUUUAACACAACAUGGUUUGAUUCCAGCGAAUUUACAACGCGUUGCACCAUACAGUCCUCUUCUCCCGUUCUUGCAGCACAUUCCAACAGCAUUGGACUCGGUUGGUCGACCACUGCAGUCCAUAUCACUUCAGUCAGCAGCACAUUUACAAGCAACAUCACAACUACAACAACCCCAGCUUCAAUAUCUGCAAAGUUUCCCUUAUGUUUACAGUCCAGUGAAUAUUCCACAAAAUUGUUUCAGUUUUCCACCUGGCACCAUACAAUAUUCCAAUGGUCAGUAUUUGAUUCCAGUUCACCCAAACUUCCUUGCCCAACACUCGCAGAUUUUAGCGUCUCAACAGCAAGCUAUAGCCGUUAACGGCAAUGGUGAUCAAGUUGAGAAUAAAGAGCUGCCUGAAACAAGUAAGAUGCAAGUUGCUGAAGGUCCUGAAGUUGAUUUAUCAAAGGUUUUGAAGCCUGAUUACAAGAAAGAAAAUGGCUGUGGAACAACUGAUCAGCAAACGGAGGAGAGAAUGUCACAACAAGAAAAUCUCGAUAUUGGUGAAGAACUAACGGACGAAUCAAAAGAUACUAAUGAGAGCUUUGUGCCUGUACCCAGCCAAGACGAAGAAAUGGAAAGUGAAGAGCAGGAAUCAAAUACGACAUCGGUUGAGUCCAAUGUCAUCAGAUGGGUCAAUGAAGACGGAAAAGAGGCGUCAGACAUGAUGAAAAACACAAUUCCUGUUGUAUCUCCCAAUAGCAGCGAAGCCCAGCAGCAUAUUGCCUGGCUUGAUCAAGUGAUAAAGCAAGGAGCAAUCGCAGGUUACAUUCAGCCAAAUAUACAAUUGGCUUCUCCUACCUGGGUUGAAAAACAUGGCCCUCAAGCCGUUGUUAUUGGCCAGGGUGUCGAGAAGGAAAGGCAAAGGGGCAUAACUUGGGUUGUGCAGCCUCAACUUAAUACAUCUGUCGUUGGUGCAGCAACCCCUGGUAAUCCUACAGUCAAUCCGACGAGGCCAGCUAGCAGAGAAGACAUCAUGUCGAACCCAGUGCUCGCAGCCUAUGCCCGUCCAGAACAGUACAUGCGCCAAGAGCCACUAAUUUGUCGCUGGACCUCAAAAGCUGACGUCUUAAAGGAGGGUGGCAAACAAACGAUAGUCAACAUCUGCGCUCGACAGUUUCAGUCUGUAGAUCAAAUUGUUUACCAUAUUGCAGAGGAUCAUCUGAGCAACAGCGGCCCCAGCACAACGGAACUGCAUUAUUGCCAUUGGAAAGACUGCUCGCGGAAUAAUGUGCCAUUCAAAGCCAAGUAUAAGCUUGUUAAUCAUAUUCGGGUGCACACUGGUGAAAAGCCGUUUCACUGCUCAUUUGCUGGUUGCGGUAAGCGGUUCGCGAGGUCAGAGAACCUUAAGAUUCACAAAAGAACACACACAGGUGAAAAGCCGUUCAUGUGCCAAGUGGAAGGCUGUACUCGAAGGUUUGCGAACUCAAGCGACCGUAAGAAGCACAUGCACGUCCAUCUGUGUGACAAGCCAUAUACAUGUUUAAUUCAUGGCUGCGGAAAGACUUAUUCUCAUCCAAGUUCUUUGCGUAAGCAUGUUCGAAACCAUGAUGGUAGCGAACUUAUUCUUGUUGAUUCUAAACAUCUGCAGAUUAAGACAGCACAGAUUUUACAGUGUACAAAAGACGAUACAGAAAUGACCAGCGGGGCAGAUUAAAAUCAAGUGAUUAUUUUCAAAUGUUUUUCAACAUUGAAGUUGAUUUCUUCAUGUCUGUUUUGAAGCGAUUAAUAUACUCACACAAUAAUGGACUGGAAGGAGCAAACACGGAGGAAAAUGCGGCAUUCUGUAGUAGACACGUUUGUAAAUGAAGUUCUAUUGGCCUUUAGAAUAAGAAAAGGUAAGGGGAUCUGUCAUCAACCCGAUAAAACCCCUGAGUUUUGUUUAUCUUUGGGAGUAUUUGGGAGUAACAAAAUAAUAAAAAACAUUUUAGCAAAGUUCUUAAAUGUAUUAAGAAUGAUAUACUUCAAGAAAUUAAAUAUGAAACGAUAGAAAGGCAAUUAUUAAUCUAUUUGCAUUGUAAAUAAUCUUUUAAAUAAAUUUGAUAUAAAUUUAGCUUCACGAGGGGGACUUGACAUUUAUUAUGACGUCAUUUAUAAAGGUUUAGCUUUUUAUAAGUUUUUUAGGCCGUGUAUAUAGAGCAGCGAAAUGUUCACAAGCAUUUUGCAGAGGCUCGAGAUAACUAUUUUUAAUACUUUAUAAUAAAUACCUUUCUAGAGGAUUGGCUUCUAACCUAACUAUCUUAAAUGCUUUUAACAAUAAAAAAUAUUCAUCGCUGAAGUAUGAUUAGUUAAAUUAAGAACGAGCUACUUCAUAUACUGAAGUCAAAAUCGAGCGAAUUAUACGAGUUUCUCUAAUGAGUUCGUAAAUUUCAAAGUAUGUUGAAUGAUGCAGAUAUGGCUUUUAUCAAGGAGUCCGUGAAAUACACUACAUACCUGACUUUGCGACAACAGCCAAAAAUUCUGCGUUAACUUCUCUGUGUACUUGUUUUUCAAAUCAAAACUUAUGAUUUCUAUAAAGAAAAUUACUCUUGAAAAAUCCACUUUCUCGAAGUAGGGGUUACCCCUGACAGCUGUGAGCUUUCCAAGCCCCCUUUAACGGCUUUGGAAUAUUCCAUUCGUAGAUUUUCUUUAGGUUUUAUGAGGCGAUGCAAACAAACCCCAAGAUAGGAAAAGAAGGGUUAUAUUUUUCUCUUCGUAGAGAAUUUUGUAAGUGAAGAGGAGGCUGUGUAGGUUUGUUUUGACUUUCAGUCUGCUUAGCUUAAUUUUAUAUUUGUGAGACUCGUAAAGUGAUUAUUUUUUAUCUUGUAGUUAGGGCUUCCGAAAACAAUUGUAGAUUCUAUGAUUUUAAUGUUAAAAGAGAGACGAUAUGAAUUGUUAUUAUAAAUAGAAUUAUACCA